UCCGUAAGUUAAUUUUCAAAAUGAUGCAGAACGAUGAAAAUUCUGCCCAAAUUAUAAUUGAAAAAUGUUUAAAAAAUUUUGCUUCCAAAGAUUAUAUAAUGGAAACAGAUAUAUUUGCGUCCCUUAAAAGAUAUUUUGAAGUUGGUGGUGAGCCUGAAAAGGUGGUCUAUUUAUUAUCUGAGAAUUACUAUGGAACUGCACAAAUGUCUAAUAUAUUAGUCGAUUUACUUUUAUUUACAGGCUGUGACUUAAAGUCGAUGCAAACUAUCAUUGAAGAUCACUUGAAGGAGUUGAUGAUCAAACGAUUUAAUCCAAAAAUGGCGGACAAAAUAUUCAUACAAGAAGAAUAUAAUAUUUUAUCAUGGUUGCCUGAAAUGAUUAAUCAUUCAACCUGGAGAUCACUUAUAUAUAACUUAUCCGAGCAAUAUUCAGAUUGCUUAUUUCUGAAUUUUGCUAUCAAAUUAAUAUCUGAUGCUGGGUUUCAAAAUGAGAUCACGAGCAUUUCUACGGCAUCUCAGCAAAUUGAGAUCUUUUCUAAGGUUAUAAACAGUUCAGUUACAUCAUUACUAAAAAUUGGUGAUGAAAAUAUGAUUAUUCAGAAAUUAGUUGACUUUAAGAAACUUGUAUGUCACGGAGAACAUACUUAUCUUUAUUCAAUUAGUUUACUUCAAACCCUGAUUCGAAAAUUUCCGUCCAGUUUACUCAUCAAGCGGAUCGUUCAAGAAGCUCAAAAUUAUGCCAGCGAAAUGAAUUUAGAAUCUUGUGCGAUAAAUAUGGGGGUGGAUAAAAUGGCUCGUUAUCCCAAAUUACAUUUCGCGGUGUCUUCGAUGCUCUCCAAAAAGGCUUUAAAUCCUGCCGAUAUUACUCUGCUCUAUAAAUUAUUUAUAUCCAACGAUGCCCCGCCUUCAGAAAUGAUCAGAAAUCCUAUUUUUUUAGAAUUGUUAGUGGAAGCAUUAUUUAAACCACAAUACUUAAUUAAUCCUGAUCACAAACAUAAAUACAUAUAUCUUCUCGCCUAUGCCGUCAGUGUAUACGAGCAAUCGAAUGAAAAUGGUAACAUCAUUAUAAAAAAGGAAGAAAUGAAACCAUUAAUCCAAGCCUUGGAAAAAGCACACAAUUUAUGUAAUAAAAGUCAUUGUUCUUCCGAGAUUUUAUAUGAUUUAUCUACGCUCUUUCACCUUAUAAGGUUUCCUAUAAUCGCUUUAGGAAUAUUUAAGUGGGUAAGUAACAUACUUCAAGAACCUGGGUAUUUUAUCAAUCGAACAGACAGUUGGAACGCAUAUCAUUUAACCCUGUUGGAUGAAAUAGUUACUUGUCAUUCCGCUUUACACGAUCGCAUUUUGAAACUUUAUAUACAACUAUUCCAAUCUUCUUUCCCUGAUUUAGAAGUUUUGAUUCAGUUGGAAUUAAAAAAAAGUUUAUUGGAAAGAAUGGUGCAUUUGUUUUCAAGAGGUUGCGUUAUCCCUGUCCUCAGUUUUAUUAUAAAAUGUUGGGAAAAGCAGGAUACUGAUGUUUCAUUAAUCCGACAUUUCGUACAAGAAACGUAUCCUUUAGAUUUUAGACAUGAUAUCGCCACCAUACCAUCCAAAUUUUAUCAGUAUAUUUUUGCCAAUUAUUCAAAACAAAGAUAUCACAGCUUCCCUCAUUAAUGAUGAGCAAUCUGAUCCUGUUUCCCUAUUCAUAAAUUAUUGUACAAAAUCGUGAAGAUUAUUUGUAUUAUUACGUAAUUAUGAAAAUGAUGUAUAUAUUAUUAUUUGAUUGUAAUUUAUUUAUAAAUUAA